AUAGAAAGCAAAUUCAAAUCGAUGAGCAAAUCCAUUGAUGAUCCCGUUCUUAUCUCGGUUCCUUCCGACCUUAAGAGUGAAGGAGUAAUUCGAGGAGCGAUCGCGAGUUCUAACUCUCCAUAUUGCUCUAUGAAAACUUUCCCCAUUCCUAAUCUUGGUGAUUGUACUCUCGAACUCUUGAUGCACUUGAGCGACGAGAUGGUCAAGAUGGAUAGUAUGUUGCGCCAGCUAAUCGAGAAGAUAGCCAAGACCUAUCACGAUAUGUCUUUAGAGGGAAACUACAGAAAGCUCACUGUGGACGGCCGUAGUCUCGAAAAGUAUCUGGAGGACUUCCAUUGGGAUGAGAGCCGUUUCCCGGAGCGCAACUCCAUCGGUGAGCACAAAAAUCUGAUCCAGCAGGACACACGCAGCGUGGAGAGUGAGUUACGCAAGAUGCUGCAGAAGUACCAAGAUGUGCACAGCAAUGUGACUGCUCUGCGCCGAAAGCGAGGAGCAAACAUCCUCACAGCGCCACUGAGUCUGAUUCUUCGUGAAGAGGACGUGAUGAAGGCGACGAACGGAAUGACGCUGAAGGAAGUGUUCCUGAGCACGGACUACCUCGAAACCGUGGUCAUUAUCAUCUCAAAUACGCAAGAGAAGGAGUUCCUGCAGAGCUACGCGAAGCUGGGCAGCGAGGAAGCGGGGCGUGAAGUGGUGGUUCCGGAGAGCGCGCGCCGCCUGGUGAGCGACAGCGAGGGCUACGUGCUGUUCUCGGUGGUGAUUCUGAAGAAGUUCGAGCGCGCGGUGCAGACGGCGUGCCGCGAGAACCGCUACACGAUGCGUCUGUUCAACCUGGAGGAGAUGAAGGAGAGCGGCGCGACGGAGAUGGAGGAGCGCGAGCUGGCGAAGUUCGAGGUGGAGGAGCGGAAGCUGAAGUCGGAUCUGCUGCAGUGGUGCCGACCGAACUACUCGGAGCUGGCGAGCGAAUGGGUCCAUCUGAAGGCGCUGCGCGUGUACGUGGAGAGCAUUCUGCGGUACGGCCUGCACACGCCCACGUUCUCGUUCGUGGUGUUCCCCAAAGCGAAGACCGUGGAGAAGCUGUUCGCGACGCUGGACGGGUUGUUCGCGGAGCUGGGAGGCAGCGUGAAGGCUUACGGCUCGCUGAAGGAGGAGAAUUUGACGAUUAGCGCGAUCGUGGGGAAUGAAUCGACCAACUAUAACUAUGCUUGUGUGUCCAUUGAAAAGCUCUCGGAGUGA